UUCCUGUUAGCGCUUGGGUUGGCUGGUUUGCUGGUUGGCUCCUCUUUUUGUUGAUUAACUGUUGCUAGGAAACCACUGCCCCGAAAUGACUGAGUUGCACCAGGCAGCAGCAGCGGGGGAUUUCGAUCAAGUCACGGAGAUUCUGAGGCAGAAUAAAUGCGAUCCAAACCAGAGAGACAUCGACUGGAGCUUUAAGACACCUCUUCACUGGGCAGCAGCCAAAGGACAUACAGAAACGGUUAGGAUCCUCAUUGAGCAUGGAGCAAGGCCAUGUCUGAGGACAGAGCAUGGAUGGACGGCUGCACACUUUGCUGCAGAGUCGGGCCGGCUGGCUGUACUGCGGCUGCUUCACUCGCUCCAUGCUCCUGUAGACAAGGAGGACUUCUGCGGUGACAAACCAGUGCGCAUAGCUGAAAUAUACGGACACAGAGACUGCGUUGGAUUCCUUAAAAAAUCAGAAACCGAGUGUCAGGCCUACCGCAAGAUGGCAGCCCAGAAGGGGAUUUCAGUGGACGACACAGAUGAGGAGUGGGCAGAGCCGGGCAAAGAAAAUGAGGACAACAGGAUCUCUCAAAGAAACACUCACAUGUAGGCUUUACUUCCGUUUACACAACAAAGCGUACAUAAUCUUUGAAUCUUCUCAGUUGACUGUGUGUGAGUGACAUUUCAGUGUAUUAAUUUAAAACAUGUAAUAAACAGUAUUGCAUUACCCACAUACCAACAUAA